AUGAAGACUUCUGUGGACGAUAUCAAGGCGACUGCCAAGCUGCUGCUCUCUUCAAAUGACCGCAAAAACUACAACAGCAUCGUGAAGCUUGUGGGGCAGUAUUCGCACCUACAGCUAGCAGAAAAAGUGCAGUUUGCUGAGCAAGAACCCACGGCGCGCUGUCUGACGGUGUCACUCUACCAGGUGUUCCGCAAGCUCUUCUUCAGAGGCCAACUCAAUCCUUCCAAGGCAACGACCGACAAAGAAAAGCUAUUCUUCCAGUGGUGUCGCAAGGCGUACGGGUCCUUCAAGUCAAAGCUGCUUCACUGUAUUUCGUCUUUGCCAUUCGAGUCUUCCCUCGCGUUGGACUGCCUCGACGUGUACAUGAAGCUUAUCGAGCAGGAAGCUAUAUUCUUUGCGUCACAAGAUGGUGCCCCGUUUUUCCCUAACAAGACCCUCAAAGCUCUCAUACGUGCUCUCUUGGAGUCAAACAUUCCCGGCAGCAUUGACGCCACUGACGGUCAAUCCAAAAGCGCUGUGAUACAGGAGUUUUCCGAGAAGUACUACCAGAAAUUUGUGGAUGUCCAGUACUACUUCCAGGCUGAGCUUGUGCAGCUAACUGCUGACGGCGAUUUAGACCAAUUGGACAACACGCAGCUCAUGGCCAAGUGGCUUUGCAUUAUGAAUCACGACAACCAUUACUGCAAUGAGAACGCGGACCUCGAAGUUUUUGUUGCUCAACCACCUCAGGCUAUAGAAAAUGAGGGGCAGUACAAAUCUAAUCUUGAAAAGAACUGGUUACAAUUUUUGAACCUCCGCGGGCUUCCUGGUACCCAAUACAAAACAACAUUGUUAAUUUUACACAAGCGAGUAAUACCAUACUUUCAGACGCCCACCAAACUAAUGGACUUUUUGACGGACUCGUACGACCUCGGUGACGACGUGUUGUCGCUCCUAGCAUUAAAUGGGCUGUUUGAGCUCAUGAGAAAAUAUAACCUCGAGUAUCCAAACUUCUACGAGAAACUAUACCAGUUAAUCACACCUAGUCUGAUGCAUGUGAGGCACAGAUCGCGUUUUCUGAGAUUGACAGAUUUAUUUCUUUCCUCCACGCACAUCUCUGUAAAUCUUGUUGCCUCAUUUAUUAAAAGACUAGCGCGCUUGACCCUGGACUCGCCACCUGCUGCUAUCGUAUCCGUCAUUCCAUUCGUUUACAACCUCAUCAAGAAACAUCCUACAUGCAUGAUAAUGCUUCAUGAUCCGGACUUCGUGGCAAAUCCUUUUGCAGAUGCCAACGAGCUCGCGCAGCUAAAAUCUCGCAAAUCCCAGUAUGUUGAUCCCUUCGACAUGAACGAGUCAAACCCUGAGAACACACAUGCAAUUGACAGUUCUUUGUGGGAGCUGGAAUCAUUAACAAGCCACUAUCAUCCUAACGUGGCGACAUUGGCGAAGAUUUUUUCACAACCUUUCAACAAACAUAACUACAACAUGGAAGACUUCCUAGACUGGUCAUAUGACUCCUUGCUACAGGCCGAGAUGAGCCGGAAGCUGAAGAUACUACCUGCUCUCGAAUUCGAGGAGCGUGGGGCGCCUCUCGGAGAUUACGUAAAACUGGUAGAAUGGUAA